AUGGCAAUGAAUAGAAAGGAUUGGGAGUCUCGUGGCAGAGCAGAAGUUCCGAGAGAUGCAUUAUGGGGUCCUUCAGCCAAAAAUAGCCGCUCAAAUCCCCAUAACAUACUUCCAACUAGGAUAACUGGCGCACUUACUCAGGAGCAAAUAGUUGCAUACCAAGUCAUGUUUAGGAUUCAAGAAAUCACCUCAAAGCUCAGGAUGAAUGUUCUUAACCCACCUGCAAAGCGUAGCCGGUCACCAUCUCCUCCCCCGGUUUAUGAUGCGCGGGGAAGAAGAACAAACACAAGGGAACAGCGCUACAAGCGGAAGCUUGAGGAGGAAAGACACAGGCUGGUGGAGAUAGCACUCAAGAUGAUACCACACUUUGUAGCUCCCGAUGAUUACAAGAGACCAACAAAAUUUCAAGACAAGUACUAUAUUCCAAUUCAGAAGUAUCCAGAGAUCAACUUCAUGGGACUCUUGCUCGGUCCUAGAGGCAACACACUCAGAAAACUUCAAGAAGAGUCGGGCUGCAAAAUUGCAAUAAGAGGACAAGGAUCUGUGAAAGAAGGUAAGAACGCAUCGGAACUUCCAAAAGGUGCAAUGAAUUUUGAAGAGCCGCUACACUGUAUAAUAAGCGCAGAAAGCGAGGAAAAGAUACAAAAGGGAAUAAAAGCAUGCGAAGGCGUUGUGAUUCGAGCUGUAACUUCUCCUGAGGGCCAGAAUGAGCUAAAAAGAGGUCAAUUGAGAGAACUGGCAGAGCUAAAUGGUACAUUGCGAGAAGAUAGUAGGCCUUGUCCUAUAUGUGGGCUGAGAGGACACAAACGAUUUGAGUGUCCCAAUAGAACAACCUUUAGCCAACAAAUCGUUUGCCAAAGAUGUUACCAACCAGGACACGCAACAAGGGAUUGUACAUUUUCGAGGCCCGACAGAGGCUACCAGAGAGACGUUAGCAGCCCUGCCAUGAUAUAUCAGAGAAAUGCGGAUAUUGGUAGCAAGCGAGCUUAUAGGCAAGAUGAUGAUGAUGAUGAUGAUGAGUCCAUGAACCCUUGGAAACGACGUAACCAAGGACUUAAUGAUCGCAACACUGAUUUCGAACAAACCCCUGUUUCUUCAUCCUACAGAUCAAGACAAUAUCGCGACUCUCAUUCUAUUGAUAAUGCAGAACACGAGUACGAGAAAUCGAGAGUGCCAUACCAAGGCCCUCCUGGACUUAAUAAUUUCACUUCUCCCCAAAAUUCUCUAUCACGAUCCCCCCCCAAGCAUGAAUUACAAGGUCCUCACAAAUUUUCAAAUGGAUCGUCAGAUACAGCUGCUGCUUUCGCUAGUGAUAGGGCUAUACCACCUAAAGAACACACGGUUUCAGAGGAUGCUGCCAAUAGUGCCAAUGCUGACCAAUCUGGGGCUUCAGUUGGGGACAUCACGGUUCCUCAGGAUGACGCUACAAAUAACGGCUCAGAAGUCACAUUCGCGCCACCUGGCAUGUAUACGGCUCCCAUAGUGAAUGCUCCACCAGGCUUGAACACACUGGCUCCUCCUGCGCAACUUUUCGACAAUGUCGAAGGCGACAAUGAUCGUCCUUUGGCGGGACCACCAGGAUUGACGGGUCCUCCGGGUUUAUAA